AUGAAAAAUCUCAGAGGAGGAUCAGACACCAUCUCAUCAGGCCAAUUCCUCUUUUCAAACCAGACCAUUAUCUCUAAAGAAGGAAAUUUUGAACUUGGUUUCUUCAUUCCAGGAAAUUCUAGCAACUGUUACGUUGGAGUAUGUACAAGUUCUAGUUCAAACAUCACAACCUCAAAUACCACUCAGGCAAUACUUCUUGAUAAUGGAAAUCUUGUUUUGGCGAGUGGGAUUGGUGUUAUAUGGCAGAGCUUUGAUUAUCCCACGGAUACGUGGCUACCAGGCGGAAAGAUUGGAUUCAGUAGGAUUACUAACGCCACAAUAGUACUUACUUCCUGGAAGAACAAGGAAAAUCCAGCUCAAGGUCUCUAUUCAUUAGGCAUGGACCCCACCAGCAAUGGUGAGAUUUUCAUAUGGCGGAACAGUAACAAAUUGUGGAGGUCUGGAGGCUGGCAAGCUGGUAGUUUUCCUUCUAUGGAAACGAGUAUUGACGAUAGUUACAAUUUCAGCUACAACUCAAAUGAUGAGGGUAAAUACUUGGUAUACAAUGGCAAUAAAUCCAUCAUAUCUAGAAUUGUUAUCGAUAUUUCUGGGACAAUGAGGCAAUACUUUUGGUUGCCAAGGUUACAAAAAUGGACUAUAUUUAGGUCUUUACCUUCGUCGCUUUGUGACAUAUACUCUUCUUGUGGGGCUUUUGGGUAUUGUGACAUCAGUAGUAGUCCAUCUUGUUGCUGUUUGCCAGGUUUUGAACCCCAGUUCAAGCAAGAUUGGGAUUUGCUAGACUUUUCUGGGGGAUGUAUGAGGAAAAAGCCUAUAAAUUGUGCCACAGGCCAAACAGGAUUUCUAUCGAUACCUACCAUGAGGCUGCCUGCAUACUCAGAAUCACUAGAAGUAGGACGGGCUGAAAUAUGUGAGUUUGCUUGUUCAUUCAACUGCUCCUGCAGUGCUUUUUCCUAUAGUAGCGGUGGAGGUUGUUCAUUGUGGCUUGGUAAUCUGUUGGACAUAGAAAAACAACAGAAUGGAAGUACUGGUGGAGACCUCUAUCUUAAACUUGAUUUGUCUGAGCUUCCUGCUAAAGGGAAUAUAGUACAUCAUCAGAAUCUGUUUCUUCUUGAUUUAAGUAGUAAUAGGGCAAAGGAUAACAAUGGUGCCACAGCCAAAGAUAGUCGGGGAGAAGUGAAGAUUGAGAGCAUUGGGCUGCCAGUGUUCAGUUUUUCAAGCAUUGUUGCUGUCACUAAUAAUUUCUCCUCUGAAAAUAAGCUUGGCGAAGGUGGUUUUGGACCAGUUUACAAGGGAAGAUUACAGAGUGGUGAACUAGUGGCUGUGAAAAGGCUUUCUAAAAAGUCGGGACAAGGCUUCGAAGAGUUCAAAAAUGAAACAGAAUUGAUUGCAGAACUUCAACACAGAAAUCUUGUUAGGAUCUUAGGAUGUUGCCUUGAACAAGACGAAAAGAUAUUAAUCUACGAGUACAUGCCCAACAAAAGCCUGGAUACUUUUCUCUUUGAGCCUAAGCAAGAGUUUUUGGAUUGGCAACAACGUAUUCGCAUAAUUGACGGUAUUGCACAAGGCCUUCUUUACCUCCAUCAGUAUUCAAGGAUACGAAUUGUUCACAGAGGUCUGAAAGCUAGCAACAUUUUAUUAGAUGGAGAUAUGGACCCUAAAAUAUCUGAUUUUGGAUUGGCAAGAAUUUUUGGUUUAAAUGAAUUGCAAGCAAAUACAAAUCGGAUUGUUGGAACUUAUGGUUAUAUGUCCCCAGAAUAUGUCAUGGAAGGACUUUUCUCUGUAAAGUUCGAUGUCUUUGCCUUUGGAAUUCUGGUUCUAGAGAUUAUGAGUGGAAAGAAAAACACUGGUCAUUAUGGCUCUGAUAAUAUGACUCUUAUUGGAUAUGCAUGGGAGCUGUGGAAAACAGACAGAUUGCUGGAGCUGAUAGAUCCAUCGUUGCAGAUUUCUUCUUCAUCCAACCCUGGAAGAUACAUUACCAUAGGUCUCUUAUGCGUCCAGGAAAAUCCAGCUGAUAGACCAACCAUGUCUGAUGUUGUUGCAAUGUUAAGGAAUGAACAAAUGUCACUAACAUCACCAAAAGAGCCUGCUUUUACAACUUGGAGAAAUUUCUUGAAUACGAGCUCAGAGGGUGGUCAUUUCGCAGUUUGUUCUACGAAUGAUGUUACUAUUUCAUUAUUGGAGGCCCGUUGAAGCCUCCCUCCAAAAGAGAAGAACAACUUUGCAUGAGCCAUUUCCCAACCUUGUGAUCCUUGCUUUCCAGGCGAAGUUCUUUUCAACUUUUUGUGUCUUCUUGCAAGAGUACAACAGAAUUGUCAACUGGGAUCAUGUUUUCUCUAUUCAAUGCGUGUUGGGGUAGGCCAAGCAACCAAGACCUCCGAACUAGUAUCAGAAGUUGCAUAGCCUGUGCAGUUGCAGCUCUACAAGCUCUCAUUUUUGCACUCAAGCAAGCCUAGAUUUGUAUACAGUCUUGCUCUCCCAGCAUCUGUUUAAAAACUCCUGGUUCUUUCAAAACAGCCUUGAAUUUCUACAAAAUAAAUCUAAUAAAUUUCAUACCUCUCUAAUGCCAC